UUUAUAUUCAUAUGAACACGCAAAAUGUGGAAGCAGAUAUUUUUAUUGUGCACCUAUGGAUUCACAAAAUCUCUAACCACUUCCUUCGACCUUGGAGGUGUUUUGUCCGGUAAUCGAAUGGCUGGAGUGCCUCUUGGCUACUCGCUUGGUGACGGCGAGCUGGACGUGGAGGGCAUAUGCUCAGAAGCCGGUAUCACUUGUCAGAACUGCACACACGCUGUCACUUGUGUACCCUUACCAGUAGGGUGGUUGAAGUUACCGUUGAUGCAGUGUAGGAAUGGCACCACGUGUAAUGCUAAACUUGGGCUCUGUUCCACGGACCACGUGCCUGAAUGCAACACCAGGCUGAGGACAUACGAACAUAUAUGUGAACAGGUUGGCAUAUUCCCUGAUGCAUUCGACUGCAGGAAGUUCCACCUCUGCUCACCACCAGAAGGACUACCUGAUGGAAGGCACGCUGAAAGGAGAACUGCAUUUUGUCCACGACAUUACGCCUACAAUCCAUACACAGCACAGUGUUCGGUAAAACUACCCAAAGGCCAAUGUACAGAAACUCCCGUGCCGGAAUGCAAGAGAAUCGGCCAAACAGGUGCUAUUCGGUACAGCCCCAACCAUUACUACGUUUGCCUAUCGAAACAUGGCCGUAUAUACCCGCAGAUAUUCCUCUGCCCCAACGGCUGGUUCUUCUGGGAGGGGUUCUGCCGUUCCCAACCACCCAUCGAGAAGAUCACAGAAGAACCUGCCACAGUUAAAGCGGAGACUACUACAGAAGAAGAAGCAUUGUCUAGAGUAGAUAGCUUUUUCUCUACAGAAAGAAGUACGACUUAUGAAGCCGAUACAUUUUUAGCUGACAAAUUCGAUCUCUCAAACUACGAGUCGGUGGACGAGGUACCCACUAGUGAUGACUUCGUUAACUCAUAUGAGAGUGGUUUCGGCAGCUGGUGA